CUUCCUUAACUGGAAAAUUGACGAGCAGUUAUCAGAGAAAACUUGGUAACUUUCAGUUUCAGGGUGGAAUUUCUCCAGAUGGGAGGUGGAUCGGUCACCUGACACGACUAGACCAGCUGGGUAAACAUGGCGUCUGAUUCUGGAUGUGAAAAUUACAUGUAGCGCUUCUGAAUGGUAACGGUGUGUCUCACGCACCAUCGCCCCGCAUUUUAGCCUCGAACACAGCAACGUGGUGGACACGACGUCGGAAAGACAUGAAGAGGAGACGGAGGGAGGCGCUUCACUGAUGCUGCUUCAUAUUUUUUCUCUCUGCACAACAUGAAUGGUCUGAUGCCUUCCCGGACCCUGUGAUUGGCGCAAGAUAAUUGCUUUUGUUAACAGACACACUGAUUUUUAUUUCUGUCGAGGUGUCUACUUUUAUUUUAUCUGAUAAAUAUCAGGGCUCUUAUUCUGUGGAUUGGCUCCUGCAGGGGGAGUGACUGAAUUGUGGGCCCACUCUGCUCUGGGACCCCCUUUUUAAAUUAUAUAAAGUAGCUUGAUUUUUUAUGGAUCCUCUCUAUCUCUGGGCCCCUAGAAUGUACAGCUAUUUUAACCUCACUUACAAAUGCACUGCCUGGACAGUGUGAGAGCAGGACGCUUUAUGUGGCCCCCCUAAACCGCUGUGCUGUGACCGCUGGUUUAUGACUGUGCUGCACUGUUGAGUCUCUCAUGCCUUGCUCGUCAACACCACUAUGAUAGGCUCACCUGACGUGGUGGCUUUCACUAAAGAGGAUGAGUAUGGGCAGACAAGUCUGGACCCCUGGGCUAUCCCUGAGGAGUUCUCUGUGCCCCUCUAUCCGCUGGCUGACUCCAACCCCUGGGCUAAAACCUCCUAUGCCAAGUUCACCAAAGACUUCAUCCUCAUCUCCGAGUUCUCUGAGCAGGUGGGCCCCCAGCCUCUCCUCACCAUCCCUGAUGAUCCCAAAGUCUGCGGAACCUUUGAUCUCAACUACUUCUCACUGCGCAUCAUGUCAGUGGACUACCAGGCCUCCUUCGUGGGUCAUCCGCCUGGCAGUGGCUACCCAAGGCUCAGCUUUGUGGAGGACUCGAGGGUGGUGUUGGGCGACUCAAAGGAGGGGGCGUUCGCCUACGUCCACCACCUUACGCUUUACGACCUGGAGGCGCGGGGCUUUGUGCGGCCCUUCUGUAUGGCAUAUGUUUCAGCAGAUGAGAGGAAAAUCAUGCUGCAGUUUCAGGAGCUUUCCCUCCGAUUUUCACAGGCCUCGGAGUGUCUGAAGGCUGGGAACAGGAGAGCAUUUGCCAAGGAACUCCAGAGGAAGCUCCAGGACCUAGAGUACACUCACUCUGUGCUGCAGAAGGAGGAGGGCCUGCAGAGAGAGGCGGGGCCUCAGCGCAUGUACUCCGCUCACGCUGUGGAGAAAGCCAACGAGCUUGCAAACGUAGAAAGGAGCAUCUAUGAACACAGAGACCUGCUGAAACAGAUCAGCUCCUACCAUCACCGUCCGCGCAGAGAUCCUCAUGCUGUCACCUGCCAGAAGUGUAUGACCGAGUGUUUGAGCGAGUGUGAGGAGCUGUUAGAAAAAUACUCCAAGCUCGCCAACCCCUUCAGUUACUGUGACAAAGGGGAGAAGGGGCAGGAGGGAUGGGGUCACAUUGAUGAUGAAGGGGGCGAAGAAGUGGCGGACGAGGAGGAAGAUGAGGGAGUUAAACGCAGGCCAUCCUACAUACCACAGCUGAUCAAAGCUAAGUCUGCAAAAUGUUUCGACAAGCGUCUGAAGACCCUGCGAGAGCUAUGCGACAGUACUUAUUUCGAGGCCACCGUGCAGCUCCUGAAGGAGACGGAGAGGAGUUUCCGGGGGGACCUCUGUUACCUGCACACACGCCGGCUGGACAGGGCGCUACGCAGGAAACAGAGAGUUACCAACUUCCUGUUUGAGGAGGACCUCUGUGAUGAUGAUGAAGAUGAAGGUGCAACACUGAGACCAUUCUGUGCUGUGAACCAUGCUGUAGAUAACUAUACACUCUUAAAUCCGCCUCCUAUAGUGCUAGGACCAGAACCUCUAGAGCUUGAUGCUCUGGAGCCUCCAGAUACUCUAGACCCAGCCUCUGAGGCCAGCCAUACUCAAGAGAGUGAGCUGGGGCUUGUGGAGAGCCAUCUGGAGUCCUCCCCCUCGGACCAGACUCUGGAGACCCAGGAGAGCUCAGAGGAAACCAAAGGAAGCUUUAGCAGCGAUAAGAGUGGGGUGGGUCAAGCAGAGAGGCAACAGAAUCGGUCAAGUAUGAACUCAGAAGCUCCUGAUCCUGAUUCUGACCUGACCCCUGACCAUAACACUGACCUGGAGAGGGAGAGCAGCAGUGAAGAGAUGGAGACCACUGCUGGGGAUGAUGAGGGGGAGAACGGGGGAGACGACACACCCGUGUCUUUGCUGGAAGUGGUGUCUGAGCUGGAGGCCAGCAGGGAGGAUGAGUGUGACGGAGUAACUGAUGGGGCUUAUGAGAUGGAGUCGGACUUGUUGGUUCCAAUAGAAACAGCGUGCUGUAUGGGCCAAGAGGGUUUACUUUAUGAGGCCUCUGCCCCAGAGGCGGUGUCUCGUCUCAACCAAAGCUCCCACCUGCCACCCUGUAAAACCCUGGUGGUCAACCAGGAGCCCCAGGCCCAACUUCCACUCCAGGAGGACUACAUGGUGGGUUCUCCAAGCUCAGAAAGCCCUGCAGCUGGGCUGGAGCUUCCUGUGGGGCUGCAUGCAGAUGCAGUUUCCCGGACCUCAGCGGAGGAUGGGUCCGACUGUACCAUGAGUGCUUCCACAGGGUCUGAUCGGGCUGCCUCACCUCUUGGCUACGGGGGGGUUGUGACCCUGCGUCAGAGGAGAAGGGCUGGACAAGGAGCGUUGAGGUUUGUGCGACAGUACCCCUUUGCCAUGCAAGCUCUGUGGUGUCUGCUGAGCGGCAGAACCCUGGUGGUGCUCGGGGCAGAUGAGGGGAGAGUCCGCCGACUGGUUGCCGCUCUGGCCCUCUUUGUUCCUGGUCCUGGCAGGUGUGGAGAGAGGGUUCAAGCCUGGCUGUCCUGCCCCUUCACUCUUACUGAUUUACAGAGGUGGAAACUCAUUGGAUUGCAAAGAGUAGUGUCCCCUGUGGGUUCCAGCAUGCUUUACUCGCUGUCCCGCUACAGUCGCUACAUCUCCAUCCUGGACGCCGACCAGAAGACCUUGCGCUGUCCGCCGUAUCGUG